UGCUCCUCAAACUCAAAUCGGAAAAUGUCUGAAUAAUGGCGACUGGUAUUUGUGAUUGUUACGAAGUAUGAAAGAAUUUCACGUUGAGAUGUUGUAUCAACAGCAAUUGUGAUGUAAUUACAAAAAAAUAUGAGUGAAACAGCAAAAGAACGGGUUUUGACUGUUGGAGCCAGGUUUACUUCAUUAGAACAUACCAACCAAUUGAAACCAACAGUAUCUGAAGAACAGAGGAAAGGCACAACACAACCCCAAACAACUAAAGUAGCAUUUUGGAAGAAAGGCACUGGGGCAAGUAAGGUGCCAGGGAGAGCUGUUUAUGGAGCACAGCACCCACCACUGCACAUUACUGAUGGUGCUCUUCUUGAAAGCAUAAGCAAGAAUGCCAAAGCAAGAAACAAGAAGCAACUAUCAUAUCAAGAAUUUGAGGGAUCAACAGUUGAUGCUUGGGAGGAUGAUGAAGAUGAAAUUAUAAAACUGAGCCAGUCUCCUAGUCAUGAAUCUUAUGAAGCACCAGUGGCAAAACCCCAGGAGUCAUCACCGGCAAGGUCAAGCAGCACAAGGAAGAUAGACUCGCCAUCUCACCGAUUCAAAGAGGAGUCUGGAGACCGUGGAAGUGUUGGUAGCGCCACAACCAAAAGCCGACAGCCCAAGGCAUCUGCCAGAAAUGAAAAUAAGCCUUUGAAGAAUUCCAUCAAAGUCAAGCAAGCAAUUGUUUCAAAAUUAUCUGAGACAAUUGGUGAGAAUGUUAAUUGCUUUGGUGUUGCCAAAGCAACGAAAAACAGAUUCUCCCCACCCCCCUCCGCCUCGCCAGAACCAGCUGAGAUAAUGCAACCACCCACACCACAUUCGCCAAUAAGGCAAGUGAAGGCUGAACUUCAAGAUCAAGAGAGUGCUCGUCUUGAAAGAUUUGGGAAGCUUCUUGCUGGUCCGACAACUGAUAUGGAUCAACUCCAGAAACUCAGUUGGAAUGGAAUCCCAAAUUCAGUUAGGCCGAGCACUUGGCGCUUGCUGUCUGGCUACCUCCCUCCAAGCAUCGAUCGCAGGCAAUCGACAUUAGAGCGAAAACGACAAGAAUACUCAAAUUUUGUCGCACAAUAUUACCCUACACGAUUUGAUGAACUAAAUCAAGAGACAUAUAGACAGAUCAGUAUCGACAUCCCACGGACCAAUCCGUUAAUACCAAUAUUUCAGCAACGGGUUGUACAAGAGAUAUUUGAACGUGUUCUGUAUAUAUGGGCAAUUCGACAUCCCGCCAGUGGAUAUGUCCAAGGAAUUAAUGAUUUGGUUGUUCCAUUUUUCAUCACGUUUUUAUCGGAGCACUUAGAUGAAGAAGUCGAGACUUACGAUAUUAACAGAGUUCCCAAGGGCAUUUUGGAUUCAGUCGAAGCAGACACAUUUUGGUGCGUAACAAAGCUGCUGAAUGGAAUUCAGGACAACUACACGUUUGCACAACCAGGCAUUCAACACAAAAUCAACGCACUUAGUGACCUUGUCAGCCGAAUUGAUGGGCCUUUGCAUAAACACAUUCGAGAAUACAAUAUCGACUAUUUACAAUUUGCUUUUCGAUGGAUGAACAACCUCCUUAUGAGAGAGUUGUCUUUGCGAUGUCUAAUUCGACUUUGGGAUACAUAUUGGGCUGAGCCCGACGGAUUCGCAAUCUUUCAUCUCUACGUCUGUGCUGCUCUGCUCACGCGGUUUUCCAAGGAAAUUUCGCACAUGUUUGAUUUCCAGACAAUCAUGCGUUUUCUGCAAGACCUCCCAACCCGAAGCUGGACUGAAGAGGACAUUGCUGUUAUUGUUGCUGAAGCAUACAGACUGAAAUUCGUGUUUGGUGACGCACCAAAACAUUUGAAAUCAAGUAGCAGCCUGAGAUAACAGUUUUUAGGCAACUCUUGUUUAUAACAUGUUCAUAUUUGCGAUUAAUAUCAAUUCUUGUAUACGAUAUUGUUUUGAAUGCAUAUUGGUAAAAAGGCCUAGAAUUAGGACUUACUGAUAAAUCUAGGGAAAACAAAGAGCUUUGGAAAAGUUUUUGAUAUCUUUUUAUCCCGAAUAUAUAACCUUAUAGAAUGAAUCUCUGGGAGGUAAGAUUUUAGAUGUAUAGCUAUUAUCCAAAAUUUGCAUACCGAUAUCUAAUUUGCGUUUCCCCUAAAUCCGAAUAACAGAAACCGUAAACUAUUAUAAUAUUAUAAACUAAACGUUUAUUACCUUUUUGGUUGAAAUCAUUGAAGAAAUUGAGGUAGAAUUAAGAUCAUAUUGAUCAAGGGUUUUAGCAAAGAAUUCGUCAGCUGCAAUGGUCACUAUCUUUUCUUAACAUAGAAUUUAGAUUGAUUUUCAACUUGUUUCUAGAAUUAUUCCCUAUUAUUCUGAGCUCUUUUGAGAUUGAUAUAGAAAGAUAGUCGAUUAGAUAUUUCAUAGAAACGGGUUUUAUGAUUAUGUUUGUAGCUCCGUUUUGUAGCUUAAAGAAAGAUUACAUUCUUUUUUUAUAAGAACAAUUUUAUAAGAACACGAGCCUCAAAACUGGUCAAAAGUUAAGAACAAAUUAAGAACAAGCUGAGGCUGAGAUUCUGCAAAAUGCAAUUUUGAACAACGUUUUUUCGCGAAAUCGAGGAUUUUUAGCGAUGUGUGGGUGCUUUUUCGGUGAAUAUUCAAAUUUGUCAGCAAAUUUAGGCUGUCUCACUCACUCUGUUGGCAAAUGAGGCCUGAACACCUCCUUAGAGCGAAAAAGCUAGCAAUAGCACUGCUUACACCCUCUUAAUUUAAGAACAAAUUAAGAACAAUCCAGCCUCAGAUUUUCAGAAAAAUUAAGAACAGUCAGCCUGAACUUAAAUUUACUGGUUCUUAUAAAAAAAGAGUGUAAUGCAUCAAGGGUGAACACAUUGCUUCAGACCAUUUGUACCUGUAUGGAUUGAAAAUAUUAUUCCAACCUCUUUUUGUUGAUUUUUCGUAGGCAUUUUCUACAUACCUGUUCGGGGAACUAA